GUAUUAGCCAGAGAAUAGAGAAAGGAACUGCUAAGUGGCAGUUAAAAGGAAAGAGGAAAUCAAGACAAAUAAGUAAAAACAAGAAACGUGACUCAAGAAAAUAUCUUGAUGCAGAUGAUGAACCAAAUGCUUAUUUAGCAGGUAUAGAGUACUUGGAUGGAUUUUUUAAGAGUUCUGAUCAGAAAGUUUGCUGUGAUGGUGUUGGUGGGUCGGUUGCUCCUUACUAUUGCACCUUGCAACCCAAGUUCAAGUCAGGUGUUGAAGAGCAGCUUGAUGGUUUGCAGGAGAAGCCUGUGUCUCAGGAGCCUCUUGUGGGGGGACCAACAGCAGAAAUGAAAACACUAGCCGAUGAUUCUCUGAACCCUCAAAGGUCACUUCCAUACCGUCGGUCCCAUUAUACGGUUUACUCCAGAUAUCAGAUGACAGAUUUUCCUGGAAAAACUUAUUCUGCUGAUUUGUCAUUAUACAAUGUUAAGAUUGAGGUGAAAGCUAACUAUCGGCCACAGCAUGUUCCAUUAGUUUCCCUCGUGAGUAAGCUGGAUGGAAAAGCCAUAAUUGGUCACCCUCUUACAGUUGUUGAGGUUUCGAGUGAUGAUUACCAUGGCAAUCUGACUUGUGAAGCAUCUAUGAAGGGCACAAAAAAGUCUGAAGUUGGUCAUUUAACGAAGCGAAAUUCCGAAGGUGGACCAGUCCCUAGGAAGCAUAUGAAAUUGCAAUCACAUUUCCUAUCCCGUAAAUCAGCAAAAUCAAAGAAAUCUAGGAAAUCUGGACUACUGUCUAAGAAGACUCGGAAAUUGUCUUCAUUGACUGGUCAGAAGGUAGGUGCAGGUGACCGGAAAAUGGUAGCAGAGAAGCCUAAUGGUCUGGUAAUAGCUUGUGUUCCUCUAAAGUUAGUAUUCAGUAGGAUAAAUGAAGCAGUAAACGGCUCUGUGCGGCCCAAAUACCGACCUUUAACAUCCGGCAAUCCAUGAGUAGGUGAUCCCUUCUAAAGUGAAUGGGAUUUUAUUUUCAGUUGAAAUUGCUUUCAUUCUCCACAGUUAAAAUGAAUCCCGUUGUACAAUUGAAAACCGUAUUGGAUUGUUGCAGACAAAGAAAGCUGGUACGAGUAUGAAUGAAGAGGAUUAUAAAGACGAAGGCCCUGUAUAUAGGAAACAUGUAACAUGAGGCUGGAGUUGUAAAGGAAGUAAUUUCCAUGACCUGAUAUUGUUUUUUCUUUCCCCUUCAUAAUUUUCAGGUUGAUUGAGUUUAAGGAGGCGACUAACAUAAAUUUUGUUUGA